AUGACAUUCCACAUAGUAUUUCCCAUCCUUUUGUGCUCUUUUGCAUUGCCACAAGCAAAUGCUUAUGCAAUAGAUAACAAUUUUAACACAUACUAUUCAUAUCUUUGGGGAGGUGACCACUUCACAGUUAAUCCCCAAGGAACACUAGCCCAACUUAAAUUUGACAGUGCCACAGGUGCAGGAUUUAAGUCGAAGUCAGAUUACGGGUCGGGUUUGUUCCAUAUGAAGAUGAAAAUUCCGGCUAAUCGAACACAAGGAGUUAUUACAAGCUUCUACUUGACCGAGGUCCAAGUUGGUCAGAGCGCAUAUGAAAAUCAUUUUGAGGUAGACUUUGAGUUUAUUGGCACCGAUGGGUCUGUGUCUACCAAUAUAUUUGCCAAUGACAAAGGUUAUAGAGAACAAGUCUUCAAACUAUGGUUCAAUCCAUCCCAAGAUUUUCACAGUUAUGACAUCCUUUGGAACAGCCACCAAAUAGUUUUCAUCGUGGACAAUAUUCCGCUACGAGUGUUCAAGAACAACGCGGCACAAGGGGUAGCCUUUCCAUCUUCACCGAUGCACAUUGAGGCGAGCAUAUGGCACGCGGAUUGGGCCGGGCAGGUGGAUUGGAGUGGGUCGCCUUUCAUUGCUUCGUAUUCGGAUUUCGGGUUCUACGCUUGCGCAGGGGAUGAUAUGUCGAAAUGCGGCUCGCCACGGUACUUUUGGAACGGUCCGAAAUAUUUGGAGCUAAAUGCUGCCCAGAAACAGCAAAUGGCUGAGUACAGGAGAAAGUACAUGAUCUAUGACUAUUGUACUAACCCAAACUUAAGGAAGAAAGAAUGUGAUUGGAAUUAG